GAUUAAGGGGCGAAUUCGAUCGGCUUCGCGUAACCUGAGGAACCAUAAUCGGGGUUGUUUCUCGAGCUGAUUCUUGUGCACUCCUUCCUUAUUCAUCAUGGCGUCCGAGACUCCUUCGCUAAUUCAGCCAGACGAGACACCGUUGUCCCCCGACGAGUUCUUUCGAACAACUAUCCCUUUCAUUCGACAGCUGCCGCGACAGCUGCAACAGUCUCUCGAUGAAGUUCGGAACCAGGCGCAAGAUGGAGAAGCGAGCGAAUUCAUCGAUGUGGACGAGGGACCUGAGGAGGAGCGCCAUUAUGUGGAAGACGAGGAAGACGAGGACAAGGAGGCUCUUGAACAGCAAGAAGAUCAAGGUCAACAGGAGAAAGGAGAUGAAUUGCCGUCGACGUCCAAUAAAUCCAGGAAAGUGUCCUUAAAGUCGCUGCUGGACAGAAUAAAGGAUUUGAACGAGACGGCACGGUUAAGCGUAGAGAUGAAGGAGGUAAGGCAGAAGGAGCUGGAGAUAAAGAAGGCUAGGGAUAUACUGUAUAAUAAUGUCGAACGGAAGAAGAUCGAGAUGGUGCGUGAGAAGAAGAAAAAUGAACACGAAAGAAGGUUGGCAGAGAUCCAGGUGGAUAAGGAAUUAGCUGGCAAGAGAGAGGAGCUGAGAUUGCAAGCACAGCGGAAGAUGGUGCGUGAUAUGGAACGGAAGCGCCGCGAAAUCGACGACAGGCUUGAUAAGCUGUACUAG